CGGUUUCUGUUUAUACACGCAGGUCAAUAUUAGUCGGUUUCUACAUGUCACAAAAAGCGGCGAUUGGAAUGUAAAAUGUCGUGAUAAUGCCAACAAAUCCUUUGAGAGCCGUGUACAAGGUUGCGUGCGGGACAUUCUGUACACAGGAAUCCUGAGACCGUUGAUGCAAUUCUCUUUACCUUUACAAAGGCUCAGGCAACUCCUUCACCCACCAGCCCCCCUUAAGUUAAUAAGAAAAUAAGUAAAUCCUAAGGUACCGUCGAGGUUGAUUGAGAGUAAGCAGAGAACCGCCAGCUGGGCGCAAGGUAAAAGUGCUGUGGAGCCGGGCAAGUGCCUUUGACGUUAGUUACUAGUUACUGUUUAACAUCUCCACCCACUUGGAGUUUAUUCAAAGAUCGAUGCAGUGACAGGUUGGCCGGGCCCCGGCGCCUGGGACUGAACUACACUCAGCAGCAGAAUUAAGGGCGCACCUUGCUGCUGGCCUGGAGCUGAUAGUCGUUUGUGCUUCUCCUUUACUCUCUGAGCGGUCUGUGUCCUCUUAUAGCCCAGAGCAAUGACAACAAGCAGAGGAACUGCGGCUUAGUUAGAAGACACUUCUCCAACAGAGACAAACACCAUGAAUACAUCAGACAAUGGGAUUAGCACGUUGUGUGCAAUCUGUGGGGACAGAGCAACAGGAAAACACUAUGGUGCCUCCAGUUGUGAUGGAUGCAAAGGUUUCUUCAGACGAAGCAUAAGGAAGAAUCAUGUGUACUCUUGCAGGUUUAAUCGGCAAUGUGUUGUUGACAAAGACAAGAGGAACCAGUGCAGGUAUUGCAGAUUGAAGAAAUGUUUUCGAGCUGGUAUGAAGAAAGAAGCUGUACAAAAUGAGCGGGAUCGAAUAAGUAACAGAAGGAACAGCUAUGAGAGCAACAACUCACCCUCCAUCAACACACUGGCUCAGGCUGAAGUUCGCUCUCAUCAGGUAGAGCAGCAGAUCACCUUUUCAGUUUCUGCAGCAAGCGCAGACAUUACCACAAAGAAAAUUGCUAGUAUUAGUGAUGUCUGUGAAUCAAUGAAGGAACAGUUGCUGGUUUUGGUGGAAUGGGCAAAAUACAUUCCAGCUUUCUGUGAACUGCCAUUAGAUGAUCAGGUUGCUUUGUUGAGAGCACAUGCUGGAGAACACUUACUGCUUGGAGUGGCAAAACGAUCCAUGUUGUACAAGGAUGUUCUAUUACUAGGAAAUGAUUAUGCUAUACACCGCAACAGUCCAGAAAUGGAAAUUAGUCGUGUGGCAAAUAGGAUUUUGGAUGAGUUGGUGCAGCCUUUCCAAGAAAUUCAGAUCGAUGACAAUGAAUAUGCCUGUUUGAAAGCAAUAGUUUUCUUUGAUCCAGAUGCUAAGGCGUUGAACAAUCCAUCAAAAAUUAAGAAUAUGCGUUACCAAGUGCAAGUUAGUUUGGAAGAUUACAUUAAUGAUCGACAGUAUGAUUCCCGAGGGCGAUUCGGAGAGCUGCUGCUGUUGUUGCCUACUCUUCAAAGUAUAACUUGGCAGAUGAUUGAACAAAUUCAAUUUGUCAAACUUUUUGGCCUAGCUAAAAUUGACAACUUGCUCCAAGAAAUGCUGUUAGGAGGUACGAGUGACCCAUCGCACCUUCAUCACCCUGUCCACCCUCAUGUCGCCCAGGAUCCAGUGACAGGCCAGACAAUUUUGAUCAGUUCAAUGCCUGCAGCAGUUCACAGUGAACAAAUGUCUACUCCAGAAACCCCACUACCAUCUCCUCCACAAGGUUCAGGACAGGAACAAUAUAAACUUGCUUCAAACAACCUCUCAGUUAUUUCUCAACAAGUGCCAUUACCAAAGCAGAAAGGCUUGUGAUGCCAAACUUAUUUUUAAGAAUGACAGCUUGUGCUUUCUGCACACUUCAAAACCAGGAACCUGAGUUAUGUUGUCGAACUGCAAGCAGGAUCAAGCCACAGGUGGAAUGCAACAUUGUCCUUUUGUACUGUCUGUAUCGAUGGCUAUUUAAUUCUUGACUUUGCCAACACUUGUUUUUGUGGGGUUUACCAUUAUAAGAGCAAAAAGGUUCUUAAACACAAGCUGCAAUCUCAGGUUAAUAUUUCAAAGGGAUUUGGUUAAAGUUAUUUGUAUAAUGUCAAAAAAUCUUGGUUAAUAGCAACAGUUCAUGGCAUAAUUUUUAUAAAUUAUAGAUUAGAUUUAUCAAUUUACAUCUGGCUGGUUGUUUCACUAUUUUUCAUUUUGAUGUAGCCAUAAUUUAGAUCUGUGACAGUGAAUAAAUAGACUAUUUCAUACUGGGUUAUGUAUACGCUGUAAAUUUUGCCUUCUAAGACUGGAUUUAAUUCAGUUUUUUAAGGUAAGUGAAAAUUGAUGGUGACGAAUUAAAACCGAUAAACGACCGAAUGUCUUACACGAUUGUAACCCAACCAAGAGUACUGAUGAUAUCACAACUAUGAAACUCAGAUGUAUAUUAUAGCCAACAUCACGUUACCAGAUAUAUUUUUUUCAUUGUAUAUAACUGUGUUUAAACUCUUUCCUAUUUUGAGUCUUGCCAUUUAAAUUUAUAGCUUGUAGUAUCAGCCCUGAUAUAUCUCUUAGCAGCACAUUGGGGCUGCUGGCUUUACCACAUGGUUUCACAUUGCAUGACCAGAAGAGGGAGCUUUACUGAAAAAUAACACAACUCCUUUAUUUCAGAAUACUUGCCGUACUAUUCUGUACCUGUUUAUGAAAUGUGUGUUAAUCUCAAAUCAGAUUAGCUUCCAGAGUAAUAUCAAAGCUUAACAUUUAAUGCUUUAACGUUGAUCUGUAGAUAUUGUUGGUAAAUAGAUUUUUCUCUGAUAGCUUUUGACUGAAAAGAAAGCUGCCUUAAAUUGCGUGAAUGCAUCUUUUCUUCUACCUUGUGGAAAUGGGGUGAACCCAUUUACAAUUGUUUCCUGGUUUGUACAUACAGAGUGACUAAUUAUAUAAUCAUUGUAAUUUAUUCUGAUGCAAUGAUCUAUUUUAUAAACAUGAAAUUAUUUUUGUAUGAAUUAUUGUGAAUGAAUCAAAAAUUAUCAAUUUCUGGAAGAAAAUCAGUACUGGAAUGUAAAGUAUUCACAAUUUUUAAACAUUGGAUUGCAUUGUAUAAGUGAGAUGAGUGUUCAGUACGUUGCAUGUACUUAUUACGUUUUCAGAAAAUUGGAGUUCUCCACAUGUAAAAAUACAAAUAAAUGUCAAUACCUUUCGAA